CAGCUGCUUGUUUGAGGCUAUACAGCGGACGAGCAGCAGCAGCAGCAGCAGGAGGAUGAUGGGGAUGGGUUAGGGUAUCAACACAUCGACUCAAACACUGGAAACGACUGACCAUGCUUGAGCUGUUUGAAGCCUCACAGCCGAAAACCAAACUGACUUGUCCUAUCAAGAGAUAGCCAGUCUGCUGGAUGGAGUCUCGGGAGGAAUGACAGCGUCUCUUCCUGCUUUGGCGUCGCACCAACAGUCAGAGAAAAUGCACCGGGCAGGUGGAUACGUUUUCCUGCUCCUGGUGUCCCUUAUCGCCUCUCACACCGCCGGGGCCUUAUCACCUGACACAGAUGGAAACAGUACAGGGAACGGCACUCUGACAGACUACGGGUUUGUCCCUGCUGCAUUCACCAAAGUUAGCCAGAUAAUUGCCCGGGAGGGGAGCUGUGCGCUGAUUGAUUGCAAUCUCACCGGAGAGCCGUUCCCCAGUGUUCAGUGGUUCAACUCCCAUGGAGACCGCCUGGACACCGAGAGCUACGAGGGGAAGUGGUGGCUGCUGGACGGCGGCAUCCUUAACAUCACCAGCAUCGAGUUUGCAGAUCGAGGGAAAUACACCUGCAUGGCGUCCAACGCUCACGGCAGCUCAAACUGCACGGUGACGCUGCGCGUGGUGUUAAACAAAGGGGACAUGGGCGUGUACUACAUGGUGGUGUGUCUGGUCACCUUCACCAUCAUCAUGGCGCUGAACAUCACGCGCCUCUGCAUGAUGAGCAGCCACCUGAAGAAGACGGAGAAAGCCAUCAACGAGUUCUUCCGCACCGAGGGCGCCGAGAAGCUGCAGAAGGCGUUCGAGAUCGCCAAGCGGAUCCCCAUCAUCACAUCGGCCAAGACGCUGGAGCUCGCCAAGGUGACGCAGUUCAAGACCAUGGAGUUUGCGCGCUACAUCGAGGAGCUGGCCCGCAGCAUCCCGCUGCCGCCGCUCAUCAUGAACUGCCGCACGUUCAUGGAGGAGAUCCUGGAGGUGGUGGGCGUGGAGGAGAUGAGGCACACGUUCGUCAGACAGGCGCCCGAGGGGUGUCAGGAUACGGACGGCACGGUCGCCUCUAUUCGGGCAAGAGACGUCUUCACCAUCCUGCAGGAGAGGGAGAGGGGGCGAGAGAGGGAGAGGCAGCGGAGCGAAUCCCCCACCGCCGACUCCGACAACUCCUCCGUGCACGAGCAGCCGCAGCACAUCGCCAUCCAGGUGUCGGUGCACCCGCAGCUCUCCGUCGACGGCUACUGCAGCAUCGAAGCCCCGCCUCCGCCGGAGGCCCCGCCCUGCUCGCCGCCCCCGUCCUCCACGCCGCCGCUCUCCCCCGCGCACCACGAGGAGCCGGCGGCGGAGGAGAAGGAGGAGGAAGUGGAGGACAAAGACGAGGCCGCGGCAGAAGAGACCCCUCCCUGCCAGGUGUUUUACGAGAGCCACGUGUGACGAAACAAACGAACCCUGGAGGAAUGAAGCGUUCAGCUGCUAUGCAUUUCCACUUGAAGACGAAAAAGAGGUCAAGACAUUUUUAAUUUCACUUCCUUUGAGAGAAACAAUCACCUAUUAUUUAUCUUUUAGGAUAGGAACAAUCUUAAACAUGUUCUAAGAAUACAUUUUUAGACACUUGAGCGUUUUCCUCACUCUGGACUUUCAUGCUUGAAUGUACACGGGAGGGGUAAUCAAUAUUAUUAUUCAUGUAAUAAGCAGUGAAUUGUAAAGGGACAUUUCCUGUGUGGAGAUUUUCAUAGCUUGGACUUUCAUUUUAAGAAUUAGGCACCUCACUCUCGAGGGCGGCGACGAUUUUUUCCAGUUUUUUAAGUUUCCUUCCAGAGAUCGGAUUUUUACCACCACACCCCCAAAAAAAAACCUGCCUCGAGUUUUCUUUAAACGGCCCCUUCAACUUCUCACAUCCAGCUUCUGCUCCAGCCAAUCCGCCGGGAUUGUAAAAUGUUGUGCUCAUCUGUAGAUGCAUGCUGGACUGACAAAAAAAAACAAAAAAACAAAAAAGAUCUGAGAGUUUGGUCAACCUUUCAUGAUUGUACGGCCUGUUACAUUCUACAAAGAAAACUAAAGAGAAAACAUGUGUGCUGUAUACUUCCUGAUUGGAUCAAACACCUCUGGUUAGAGUUUUUGUCUGUUUCCUUUUGGAAUCUUUUUAAGAGUAUUAUUAUUGUUAUUAUUAUUAUUAUCACCCAUAGUAGUGUGAUUUCUAAGCUAGUUUAAGCUGUCUAUGAAAUAGAGAAGAGUUGCUUUUUUUCCCCCUCUGCCGCCAUUUGCAGUCGUUAGGUUUUUUCAUUUUAACUCCCGACCUGAUCUUAGCAUCGUCUGUCUUGUGCAGAGGCUUUGCAAGUAAAGUCGUGUCUCUGCUGCAUGUGAGAGAGGACGGUGGAGGGAGACGUCUGACAUCUUUCUCUGGGACUUAAAAAAAAAGGACUCUUGUCUUUCUUCCUUUUCGCUUGGCUAACGCUCCAGUGUGAGUGGAGGAUUAACUGGAUGCUGUUCUGCUUCUGCUGGUGCUCUUGAGAUGCCUCUUUUUGGUAGUGUAAUAAAAUGGAAGUGCUGUGUAUAAAGACAUCAAAAAAAAAAAAACGUUCUCACGCUUUGGUCUUUUUGUUUCACAACCCUGGUCAGGACUCUUGGCUGUUACUUGUUUUAGACUAACUCUAAUACGACUAACACUACUUCAUUUAUCCUUUUCCUUUUGAGGUUUAACUUUAGAAACUAUCUUGCUCUAACAUAAUUCUUGUUAGUGGUUCUAUUUGGUAUUGAUGAACAUGUUUCCAUGUUUAAAAUGAUAGUUUCUUUGGCAUUAUUUUGGAAAAUUUAAGCUAUUUACAUGAAAUUUAAAUUCCACCAGCUGUACAAACUGAUUCAUAAAACCUUUUUUUUAAAUGUUUUUUACAUCCAGAGAAAAGCUCCAAAUAAUAAAAUCAUCUGUCAUAUAUUUGAAACAAAACAACUAUU